AUGGAAAAUAACACGAUUACAAGUAAUCAUGAUACAGGUGAUAAUGCUUGGAUGAUGACAUCGACUGUAUUAGUUUUACUUAUGACACCAGCAUUAGCUUUUUUCUAUGGUGGUCUUGUUGAUAGAAAAAAUAUUUUAAAUCAACUUUUUCUUUCAUUUAUUUGUAUGGGUAUUGUUUUUGUGCAAUGGGUUCUAUUUGGUUUUUCAUUUGCUUUUGGUCCUCCAAUUAGUGCUGGUUUUGGAUCAUUUAAAUGGGCUGUAUUAAGAUUUGGUCAAAUCGAUAAUGAUGCCUAUACUCCAACAUAUCCUUUAUUAACAUUUGCUGCAUAUCAAGGUACUUUUGCUAUUAUAACACCAGCUCUUAUUUCUGGUGCAAUUGCUGGUCGAAUGAAACUAAUUCCUUAUAUGCUAUUUAUUUUUAUAUGGACAACUGUUUGUUAUGAUCCAAUGGCUCAUUGGGUAUGGGGUAGUAAUGGUUGGUUAAAACAUUUGGGUACACUUGAUUUUGCUGGUGGAACUGUUGUACAUAUUUUAUCUGGUGUAUCUGGUCUUGUUGCAGCAUUAAUUCUUGGUAAACGAUCGGAUUAUGAUCCACAUAGUACAACGGCUCAUAAUCUACCAUUUACUAUAUUGGGCACAAGUUUAUUAUGGGUAGGAUGGUCUGGAUUUAAUGGUGGUUCAGCUAAUGGAGCAGAUGGUAUAGCUGCUCUUGCAUUGAUCAAUACAAAUGCAGCUGCUGCUACUGGAUUAGUGACAUGGGUAGUCCUCGAUGCUAUUCGUGGUCAUGUAUCUAUUUCAGGUGCUUGUGUUGGUCCAAUAAUAGGUCUUGUAGCUGUGACACCAGCAUGUGGAUUUGUUCAACCUGGAUGGGCAUUGCUUAUUGCUUUUAUUCCAACAGUUAUCAUCUAUUUUCUUCUAUUAAACAAGCAUCACAUGCAUUUUGAUGAUGCAUUAGAUGUUGCUAUUGUCCAUGGAUGUGGAGGUAUAACAGGUGCAUUUUUGACCGGAUUAUUUGCUGAAAAGUCGGUCAAUCCAAUAAAUGGUGCCGAUGGUGCUUUUUAUGGACGACCAAUUCAAUUAUGGUAUCAAAUUGCUGGUAUUCUUACUGCCAUUGGUUUUGCUGCUGCAUGUACAGCUGGUAUUCUUUAUCCUUUGGAUUGGAUAAUGGGUAUUCGUUUGGCUGAAAAAGAUGAACUUGAAGGACUUGAUAUAGCAGCACAUGGUGAAAGUUGGGAAAUAACCGCAUCACGGGCUGUUAGUGAUCUUGUAAAAAAAGUUCUACAAGAACAGGGUACUACGAGAGAAGAAGCUGAGAAUACUGGAACUUUUGAAUUACAUUACAAACCGAAAAAUCCAAAUAAAAAAUCAUUAAAAAUUCCUCUCUUUGAACGAAUAAGAUCACGACAUUCUAAACUUGAUAGUGAUCCACUAAAUAAUAAUCAAUUACAACAAAACCAUAAUGAAACAAAGUUUGAUGACGAUCCAAUUAAUAAACAGCCAAUUAAUGCACAUAUUAUUCGUUUUUAA